CGGGAGGCAUCGACGCUACUGCUGACCGGCGGCCGGUCCCGGGUUGCGACCCGGCCAGAGCGAUAAGGCGGCGGCACCAUGUUCUCCCUCAAGCCUCCCAGACCCACCUUCAGGUCCUACCUCCUGCCGCCGCCCCAGACUGACGAUAAGAUUAAUUCGGAACCGAAGAUUAAAAAACUGGAGCCAGUCCUUUUGCCAGGAGAAAUUGUCGUAAAUGAAGUCAAUUUUGUGAGAAAAUGCAUUGCAACCGACACAAGUCAGUACGAUCUGUGGGGAAAGCUGAUAUGCAGUAACUUCAAAAUUUCCUUUAUUACGGAUGACCCGAUGCCAUUACAGAAAUUCCAUUACAGAAACCUUCUUCUUGGUGAACAUGAUGUACCUUUAACAUGUAUUGAGCAAAUUGUCACAGUAAAUGACCACAAGAGGAAGCAGAAAGUCCUAGGUCCCAACCAGAAACUGAAAUUUAAUCCAACAGAGUUAAUUAUUUACUGUAAAGAUUUCAGAAUUGUCAGAUUUCGCUUUGAUGAAUCAGGUCCUGAAAGUGCCAAAAAGGUAUGCCUUGCAAUAGCUCAUUAUUCCCAGCCAACAGACCUCCAGCUACUCUUUGCAUUUGAAUAUGUUGGGAAAAAAUACCACAAUUCAGCCAGUAAUAUUAAUGGAAUACCCUCAGGAGGUGGCCGGGGGACUGGUGGUGGCAGCGUCCACACUCCGCUCUUCGAAACGUACUCAGACUGGGACCGAGAAAUGAAGAGGACAGGUGCUUCUGGAUGGAGAGUUUGUUCCAUUAACGAGGGUUACAUGAUAUCCACCUGCCUUCCAGAAUACUUUGUAGUGCCAAGUUCUUUAGCAGACCAAGACCUGAAGAUCUUUUCCCAUUCUUUUGUUGGAAGAAGGAUGCCACUCUGGUGCUGGAGCCACUCUAAUGGCAGUGCUCUUGUGCGAAUGGCCCUCAUAAAAGACGUGCUGCAACAGAGGAAAAUUGACCAGAGGAUUUGUAAUGCAAUUACUAAAAGUCAUCCACAGAGAAGUGAUGUUUACAAAUCAGAUUUGGAUAAGACCUUGCCCAAUAUCCAAGAAAUACAGGCGGCUUUUGUGAAACUUAAGCAACUAUGCGUUAAUGAGCCUUUUGAAGAAACUGAAGAAAAAUGGUUGUCUUCACUGGAAAAUACUCGGUGGUUAGAAUAUGUAAGGGCAUUCCUUAAACAUUCAGCAGAGCUCGUGUACAUUCUAGAAAGCCGGCAUCUCUCCGUCAUCCUACAAGAGGAGGAGGGAAGAGACUUGAGCUGUAUUGUAGCUUCUCUUGUUCAAGUGAUGCUGGAUCCCCAUUUUAGGACAAUUACAGGAUUUCAGAGUCUGAUCCAGAAGGAGUGGGUCAUGGCCGGAUAUCAGUUCCUAGACAGAUGCAACCACUUAAAGAGAUCCGAGAAAGAGUCUCCCUUAUUUUUGCUGUUCUUGGAUGCCACGUGGCAGCUCCUGGAACAGUACCCGGCGGCCUUCGAGUUCUCGGAGACGUACUUAGCAGUGCUGUACGACAGCACCCGCAUCUCCCUCUUUGGAACCUUCCUCUUCAACUCUCCUCACCAGCGGGUGAAACAAAGCACGGAAUUUGCUAUCAGCAAGAAUAUCCAGUUGGGUGAUGAAAAGGGUUUAAAAUUCCCCUCGGUUUGGGACUGGUCUCUUCAGUUUACAGCGAAGGACCGCACCCUUUUCCAUAACCCCUUGUACAUCGGAAAGAGCACGCCUUGCAUACAGAACGGUUCUGUGAAAUCUUUCAAACGGACAAAGAAGAGCUACAGCUCCACGCUGAGAGGCAUGCCGGCUGCCUUCAAGAACGGAGUCCUCGGCGACCAAGACUUAGUUCCCAGGAGAAAUUCCUUAAUACUAAAAGCAAAGCCCGAGCCUCCUCAGCACCCCGACAGCCGGAAGAGCGGGAUGGAGCGCUACUUGACAGAGUGGUUUUCCAAACCGGCCGACCUGCACGGCGUCAUUCUGCCGCACCUCUCCGGGCCACGCGUCAAACUCUGGAAGCUCUGCUACUUCCGCUGGCUGCCUGAGGCCCAGAUCAAGCUCGGCGGCUUCAUCACCGCCUUUCACAAGCUCUCCCUGCUGGCCGACGAGGUGGACGUGCUCAGCAGGACGCUGCGGCAGCCCCGGGCCGGCCCGCUGGAAGCCUGCGAUUCGGGGCUGGACAAGAGCAGGAUGUACUUCCGGGCCAGCGGCCCGCACGACGCCUCGGGGACGCCGGAGUUCCUCUCUUCCUCCUUUCCCUUCUCGCCCGUAGGCAACCUCUGCAGGCGAAGCAUUUCAGGAACACCAUUAAGCAAAUUUUUAAGUGGGGCCAAGAUAUGGUUAUCUACUGAGACACUAGUAAAUGAAGACUGA